AUGGCACCCUCCGAAAAGGCAAUCGUUGCUGGCAUCAAGGCAGCGGUCAAGGCGAUACAUACUACUGAUCCAGAGACUUUGACAGUACGCACCGCUCGCGUCAAAGCCGAAGAAGACCUGGGACUCGAACUCGGAUUCCUUUCCCAAGGGACCUGGAAGGAGAAGUCCAAAGUGACAAUCAAGGAAUAUGCGUCUACGUUACAGGAAGAAGACGACGAAGAAGAGCCGAAUCCCGAACCAACUGUGAUAAAGCCGAAAGCAGAGAAGAAGAAGCCUGCGCCGAAGAAGUCUGAGCCAGCUAAGAAGGGGGCGAAGAGGGCCUCCUCGGAAAAGAAUGCACGACCCGCAAAGCGGCAAAAGAAGCAGGAUACACCGACUGAGGAUGAGACAUCUGAGCUUACUGAACUGACCUCCGAGGAGAGCGUGGCGUCUUCGUUUGAAGAUUCUGCCGAUCAUGACGCGCCAAAGAAGAAGGGGCCAAAGGCGAAAGCACAGGUCAAAGCAAAGGCACCGGUGAAGAGACAAUCAAAGAGCACGGCGAAGGUCGAGUCAGACGAAGAUGGCUUAGAGAUUGACGGGUCGGAGGAAGAGGCCAGCGUGGAAGGCUCUGAUGAAAGCGAUGCGCCAAAAAGGAAGACAAAAGCUACCCCGAAGAAGAAAGCUCCAGUCAAGCGGCAGUCGAAGAGCAAAACAAAUGUAGCGAACAGUGAUGAGUCUGAAGACGAGCAAGAUAGUGAUGCUUCAGCAUCAUCCAAGAAAGUAACUACAGAACGGCCCGUACAGAAACAGUCCGGUAAGCCUGUGGUGGAUUCAGAUGCGGAGUCCGGGGACGAAAUACCAUCCCAGGAGCCAGUAUCUACAGCCAAGAAGGACUCUUUCAAGAAACCUCCCUCUCCAAUGGCCAAAAAUACCACGCCAGAGUCAAAAGCCAAUAAAGAUGCAGAGUCUGAAUCAGAGAUGUCUGUCGUUCUUGAUCCCACCCCAAAGCCGAAACGCCUGCGUGCACUGAAGGGAGAGAAGAAGGCGAAAGAACCAAAAGCGCCUAAGGCCCCCAAGGAAAAGGCCCCAAAAGUGCCCAAAGCAGCCGCCGCACACAAAGAUCUUUCUCCCGACGAGAUCCAGAUCAAGACCUUGCAGUCACAGCUUAAGAAAUGCGGCGUUAGCAAAAUAUGGCAGUUUGAGCUCAAGCAAUACGGUGACGACAACAAGGCAAAGGUUAGGCAUCUGACAAAAGCAUUGAAGGAAAUUGGAAUGGAUGGAAGAUUCAGCGAGGCGAAGGCGAGAGAAAUCAAGGAGACGCGGGAGCUGAUGGCGGACGUGGAAGCUGUCACGGAGAUGGGACACAAAUGGGGGAAGGAGAGUGGGCGAAGAAGUCGAUCCGCUGCCCGCAAGAAGAGUUUGAGAGAAGCGAGUGAUGACGAUGAUGCGGAGAGCGGAGAUGGAGCAGAGACGAGAGGGAAGAGUAUGCAGAAGGACGAUGAUGACGACAGCGAUGAACAGCCUGCAGCUCGAAAGCCUCGAGCCAGAGCGGAACUUGCGUUUUUGUCGGACGAGGAAGAUAGCGAUUGA